UUCGCCAAGCGUGAAGGGUGUUAGCACUGAUGCUGUCGUCAUGGAGAUAAGUGCUGCUAUGGCGCCACGAAAACGUUGUCGCUACUCGACUCCCUGGUGGAAAUUGAAACUGCCUUCUGACGAACCACCGCUUUGUGAGCUUAGUAGCGAGGAAGACCUGUGGAAACCGCUCCCUCCUCCGGGUGCGCAUCAGGCAGAUCGGCAAGGAAGCAUAUUAGCUGUCAAGGACUACGUGUAUGUACCAGCUCUCGAUCUGCGCGUUGUGAGACGAGAUGACGAGAAUGUUGAGGGCAUAGAAGAAAACGUUCCAGUUGCUGAUGACGAUGAGGGGCUGCAGGAGAAGACUGUGCCAGCACAUGAAUGCAGAAUGAAUAACGGCAAAGAUGCAGCUGUUACUGGUCGCGAAGUGGAAGAUCAAGAAGCUCAGCUUCUAGAAGAAGCUAAUAAUCUACCUGGAGUAAGACACGAAAUGGAAGGCCAAUCGAUAAAUGGCGUGGAAGAAGCUAACAAAACAUCUGUCAUCCGAAAUGGACAGGCAGAACAACGAACACAGUUCAACAAAAGAGAGAAUGCUGCGACUGGUUCAGUAUAUAAGGUGGUAGAGCUACUGGCACAGCCCAUGGAAACAUUCGACAAUAGAGGUGCUGCCACCCACGGUUUGUCUGAGCAGCGGACACAGUCUUUGCAAAGAGCCAGCAGCGGAACUGGUGCUAUUCAGGUAGUUUACAAGAAACACACACAGCCAAUGGAAGAAGCGAACAAUAGAGACAGCGCCAGACGGGGGCUGGUAAAUGAUGUAUCACAGCCCAUACAUGGAGAGAGUAGUAAAGCUGGCACUAGACAUGGUUUUGUAAAGCAACGACCAGAGCUUGUGGAAGAAGCCAACAGUAGAGCUGGUGUCAUACUGCAAGGGGUAGAGCAACGGACGCUGCCUCUGGGUGGAACCAACAUCAUUGCAAGUGUCAGACACGAUUUGACAGACCAACAGGAAGGGCACAUUCCAGUUGCAAACAAUGGAGAUGGCACUAGACAUUGUCGGGUAGAGCAGGAUCAAAAUGUAGGAGCCCAAAAUGUGGUCGGUACCAAUCACAGAAUUAUACAUCAACAGUCGCAGCCAGUGAAAGUGCCAAACAAUCGAACUGGCGCCCAGGAAGAAAGACUGCAGCAACAGGAAAAACUUGGACAAAAAGCCAACGAUAGUGCUGGCGACAGUCCAAGAGUAUUAGAGCAAAAGUGGCAGCCCAUGAAGGCAACCAUAAUAGCAGACUUCAAUACCAAACAGGUACUGCUGGUGGCAGGAGGGCAGCCGACUCAGUCGAUGGAAGGCGCCAACAAUGCAACUGGCACCAGACAAGGAGCUUUAGAACAACGCGGAAAGCCAAUGGGAGACGCCAACAAUAGACCUGGAGUCACUCAGGUAGUAACGGAUCAACAAGCACAGCCCACAGAGGGAGUCAACAAUAGAUCUGUCGCCAGAUAUGGUCUGGCAAAUUUUCAGCCACUGCCCUCGGAUAAAACUAGAAUCAAACAUUAUUAUGUAGAACCUGGACAAACACAUGGAUACUUUUUGGUUGAACCUGGAACCACUUACAUAGUUGUACACCGAAAGUCGCAGCCAAUGGAAGGUGCUAACAAUAGAACUGGAGCCAGAGAAGAAGUACUUGAGAAUCGGGAACAGCUUGUGCGAAAAACCGACGACACACCUGACGACAGUUCGACAGUACAACACGAAACACCAGCCAAAGUAGGAAAGUGCUGUGGCAGACAUGCCGUGCUGCCAUUGAUACUAGCUGAAAUAGGGCAGCGAGUGGAAGAACCCAACAACAUAACCGACACUAGACAAGUAGUGUUAGAACAACGGAUACAAUCUGUGGAAGAGGCCAAGAACAGAAUGGUGGCUCAACAAGCACAGCCCUUGGAAGCAGUCAACAAUAUAUCUAUAGCCAGAUAUGGUCAAGUAGGGUAUCAGGCACGGCCCACAGAUGCAGUCAACAAUGGAAAUGGCAACAGACGUGGUGAGGUAGAGCAACAGCCACCAAACUUGCAAGUGUCUACUAGUGCAGCUGGAGGCAGGCAAAAACUUGUAGGGCAAGCAGCACAUCCCAUGGUAGGAGACAACAGAGUAACUGCUGCCAGGCAAGAAGUGGUGGAGCAUCAACCACAGCCCAUCCAAGGAGCUAACACUGCAUCUGGGAGUAGAUCUAGAAUCUUAGAGCAACAGGUAGUGCCAGUGGAAGAACGCAACAACAGAGCUGGCUCCGGCGGUAGGGACGGAGACAGUCAUCUAGCACAGGCUGUGGGACGAGCCAUCAGUAGUAGCUCCGCCAGGGUUGGAAUUGUAGAGCGGGGGGCACAGCCAGUGCAAGCAUCCAACACAGAAGCUGUGAGGAGGCGGAGCAUGGGAGAGCAUCUUGCACAACCUGUGCCAAUGGAAGAACGCAACAACAGAUCUGGCUCCGGCAGUAGGGACGGAGACAGUCAUCUAGCACAGGCUGUGGGACGAGCCAUCAGUAGUAGCUCCGCCAGGGUUGGAAUUGUAGAGCGGGGGGCACAGCCAGUGCAAGGAUCCAACACAGAAGCUGUGAGGAGGCGGAGCAUGGGAGAGCAUCUUGCACAACCUGUGCCAGUGGAAGAACGCAACAGAGCUGGCUCCAGCAAUAGAGAUGGAGACAGUCAUCUAGCACAGGCUGUGGGACGAGCCAUCAGUAGUAGCUUCGCCAGGGUUGGAAUUGUAGAGCACGGGGCACAGCCAGUGCAAGGAUCCAACACAGAAGCUGUGAGGAGGCGGAGCAUGGGAGAGCAUCUUGCACAACCUGUGCCAGUGGAAGAACGCAACAGAGCUGGCUCCAGCAAUAGAGAUGGAGACAGUCAUCUAGCACAGGCUGUGGGACGAGCCAUCAGUAGUAGCUUCGCCAGGGCUGGAAUUGUAGAACAGGGGGCACAGCCAGUGCAAGGAUCCAACACAGAAGCUGUGAGGAGGCAGAGCAUGGGAGGGCAUCUUGCACAACCUGUGCCAGUGGAAGAACGCAACAACAGAGCUGGCUCCGGCAGUAGGGAUGGAGAAAGUAAUCUACUUAGUGCCAGGCAUAGAAAUGCAGAACGAGCACAGGCUAUGGGACGAGCCAUCAGUAGUAGCUCCGCCAGGGUUGGAAUUGUAGAGCAGGGGGCACAGCCAGUGCAAGGAUGCUGCUGCGAAGCUGUCUCCAGACGAAGCAUAGGAGAGCACCGUGCACAACCUGUGCCAGUGGAAGUACGCAACAACAGAGCUCUCCCAUGCUCCAGCAGUAGGGAUGGAAACAGUAAUCUACUUUGUGACAGACAUACAAAUCCAGAACGAGCACAGGCUGUGGGACGAGCCAUCAGUAGUAGCUCCGCCAGGGUAGGAAUUGUAGAGCAGGGUGCACAGCCAGUGCAAGGAUCCAGCAGUGACGCUGGCAACAACAGGCGGAGCACGGGAGAGCAUCAUGCACAACCUGUGCGUAUUGCCAGGCAACGAGUAGUACUGCAACGCGCACAGUCCAUGAGUUCGGCCAACAGGAGAGCUGGCACCAGCAGGGGUCGUCCGAUGGAUGACGGCAGGUGGCAGCUUCCUGAUUCAACAGUCGAUGAGAACAACAGGCGAAUUGUUCAAGAGCCUCCACGCGGAAUGCACUGGCUUCGCACAUACACUGAUAAUGAGGCCGAGGGAGUGGUUAUUGAUGGUAGCAAUCCAUCGCAGCGAAACCGCUCACAUGCUAAUGAGGCAGAACGCGAUACAUCUUCACCCGAAGUCGUCGUCCUCGCAGAGCUGCCCCCAACUCGUAUCUCAAGGGCCGUGGGUGAUUCAGCUUCCAGAAGCAGCAGCAGUAGAGAUGAACUUUCUCCCGAUGUCAUCUUAGUCGCAGAAAUUCCGACGGGACGUAAUGUACGGAUGAUGAAAGUCUUGUCGAGAAAAUGGCGAAUCGUCCGUCACUGUGGCACUUGUCAAAUGUGUCCUAUAGAGGUGACAGGGCCAAGGACAAUACAUGGGCUGAGAUUGCCAGUGAAACUGCAAAAACAAGCUAUGUGCCCCAAUCAACAGCAACAGCAAAGCGAGGCCCAGCCAAGUGGCUCAGCCCAGCAAGGCAGUUCAGCCCAGGCAAGUUUCUCGCCUCGUCCAGGUUGCUCAUACUGGGGAGAGGGCUCAGUCCAGCCAGGUCGCCCAGUCUCAUCACGUGCCCAUCCCCAACCAUGCCACUCGUCAUUUUCAUGUGGCCCUCACCGACCAUCAGCCCAGGCAGGUGGCUCACGAUGGCCAAGUGACUCAGCUGAGACAAGUGGCUCAGCCGAAUCAGGUGGUUCGAGCCGAGCCAGUGGCUCGUCUGAGUCAGAUGGUUUAAAUCGAACCAGUAGCUCACCCGAAUCAGAUAGAUCAAGCCAAACCAGUGGCUCAGCUGAGUCAGAGGGUUCAAGUCAAGCCAAUGGCUCAGCUGAGUCAGAUGGUUCGAGUCGAAGCAGUGGCGCCGCCAGGUCAGACAGUUCAAGGCGAGCCAGUGGCUCAGCCAGGUCUGUUGCUUCAAGCCGAGCCAGUGGCUCAGCUGAGUCCAGUGGUUCACGUCGUGCCAGUGGCGUAUCCCGGUCACGUGGUUCAUCAUCACCCAGCGGAUCAGCGUCCUCAAGUGGCUCAACCAGGUCCUCUAGAACAGCACAGGCGGGCAACUCUCGAGAUGCAGACUCAUUCUCUGAGGACACUACUUCAGAUGACUCAUACGAUGAGACAGACCUGAGCUCAAGAGUUCCUUCUACUGACACUCGCAAAGGUCAAAUAGCGUUUUUGAGGAGGCGUGACAUAUACAAAGGUAUUGACUUCUACGUGACUCAAGUUUAUGAAUAUAAGGAACUUAUGGACUUGUCCAGAAUUUUUGAGUUGAGCUCAGUUGAUGAGGACACUGACAUCGACAUGUACAUGCCAGCGGGGAAUGAUUCUGAUGAUGAAGGGGAAGAAAGUCAUGCUACUCGUGGCCAGAUAUCAUUUUCACAAGGUGAAGAGGCUCAGUUUAACAUAAUAUCAGAGAGUGAUUCUGAGGAGGAGGAGGAAGAAGAAGAAGAAGAGGAGGAGGAAGAGGAGGAGGAUUCUUCUGAUGACCAGGUACCCACUGGCAAGAAAAUGAUUGUUAAGCGUCAGAGGCCAUCCACAAAUGGUCGUACAAAAAGGAAGAAGAUUCAAGUGAAGAGGAAAUCACAAGCUGGACGAAAGAAGAGAAGGAAAAUGUGAAAUGGUUCACUGAUGAACACAUCUUUCUGGUUUAUUUCCUUAAAGAAAUGAUUAUCUAACUUAAAAAGAAGUAUCUAUAUAUUUGGUGUGCCAAGUUAUCUUAUAAGUAUAAGCAAAGAAGAAGUUAUAAUCAUUCAUCAGCAAUGUUUAUGCAGUAUUCAGAGAAGCAAAUAUUAAGAAUUGUCUGUUUUAUAUUAUUGUUAUUAUUCACGGAAUUAUCUGUGUUAAUUGUGAUGUUGCCUAUAUUGUGUUAGUUGUUAGCAAUAUCCCAACAGUACUGUAGUAAACUAGUGUAAUAUGCUAUUUAAUAUGUAUUAUUGGUGUCUGUCAUCUGCAAAAAAAUGUAUUUCCUUUACAGCACAAACAUCAACUGAAAAGUGAUGUGUAUCUUGAUUCACACAUAUUUCAGCAUCUCUGUGCCGUCAUCAGUGGUAACAUAGAGAGAGGUAUAGAAAUCUAUUUGGAAUAGAAUCUAAAACAGAUUAUUUUCAAAUGGCAUAACAUUUUACAUGAUGUUUUACCAUGGCACAAAAAGAGUUAAUCCUCCUUCAUACAUUAAUUAUGUCACCACAUAAUGUUUGUGCUAUGAUGGGAAUGAUUGUCCUGUAUUUACUUAGUAGAAAUGUAACUUUUUUUUAUAGAUAUCAAUAUUAAUAGGCUCAUAUUAUAGCUGUUAAGUUACUUCUUAUUAAUAAGUUCAUGUUGUUCAGUUACGUCUGGUGUCCGCAAUCAUAAUCAGAAUCACAUAUAAGGAAUCUUCUGAAAUUUUUCAAUGUCUGGGCUGUUCCUACUGUUGUAUGUACAAGGGAUAGAAUUGGAAUUUUUAAAAUUCAUAUUAAAAGGUAAUUUCAAUGCUCAUUGUAACUGUACAAGACAGUACCUACAUAUCUCCAUGAGUGACGAGAAGUUAUUACAAGAAAUUUUACUGUUCUUCUCAGUAAAUCCAUUGUUUCUGCUGUGUCAUCAGAUGUGGAACUAUUUUUGUAUAUAAAUCUCCACACCAACAGUCUUGUAUAUCUUUGUAGAGACUGACAUAAAUAGUUUGUGGAGUAAUAAGGUUUCUGAGUCGCAGUUGAAAAGGUAUGGGAACUUUAGUUUUUGAACAUGCUAUUGUACUACAGGAAUAAAUAUCAAUAGUUAUGAAACUGUACACUUUUGAUAUCAUAUGUGAAAAGAAAUUAACAAUUUCAAACUUAUCAAUAUAUUUUAUGUGAAUUUGGAAUACUUAAAACAGCUAUUUUGAAAUCAUAUAAGUCAUAUUUUUGACUCAUUGCUCUGAGACACCAUUAUGUGAUUUGUUUCUUAAUCUUAUUUAGUAAUUAUGUUAUUCCUGUAUAUUUAGAGUUUAUAUGUUUUUUGUGGUUACAUUUAUAAUCAUUUCUUCCUUAUCACUCUAUGUUAAAACAAUUUUUAUGCAGUUGUCGUAAUACAUGUCUCUUUCUUGAAUAGCUUGUUCCUUAUUUUGACAUUAACACUUUAUUUAAUUGUUCUGUAACUGGAUGAUUUCACCAUUUUGCACAUUAUUGUUGCAUAUCAUAAUAACAAUUAUUAUACUUACAGUGUAUUAUGAUCCACACAGCUGUGUGAAACUCUUGGUAGGGACAUCAUCACAUUUAACUUUUUCGUCACUCUCCUGUGUGGGUUAAAUAUGCUGUAAGCAUAACAGUUUUUAUUGUAAUCUAGCUUGAUAGUGUCCUUGGUGUGAAAAUAACUACCUGCCUAAUGAUGAAAUAAAGUGCUUAUUGCAAAAUAAAAGAACAUACUAUAUAGAAAAAUCAAUUCCUUUAAGUAUAUUAAUAUUGAUUCAUAUAUACUGAUUGUAUGCUUCAGUGUAUAUUUUGAUAUUUAGUAGAUAUUGAUGUAUAAUAUAUAUUCUGUAUUUUUAAAUGUGACCCACUCUUUGGUGUUUAAUUUUUUUGAUGUCAAGAUGAGUACCAAAAGCUCCUUUGAUAAAUACACCAUUUCCUCAAAUUCUUGCUUGCCAUCCUCAAGAACUGGCCAGGGCAAAAGUUAUCUGAACAUCUGGAUACGAGUGUGAUGGAGCUGUCCAGUGCUGCUUUUCCUGUGCUUUCUUUUGUGGAACAAUUGAUUUAUGAUUAAAUUCACACAAGUGGAUGUGUUGUGGAUAUAAA